UUUUCAUUGCUCUACUAAAAUACAAUCCAUAUUUCUUACAGUUUCUAAUUAAUUAAAUUCAAACUAAUUAAAGAGCUAGCUUUGGUUAAUUUGACAGUAUAUAUCUCGCACAUAUGGAAGACAUCGAACAUGACUCUAAAAGAGUUGCGUCACCGUCACCGCCACCACCAUCGUCGUCGUCACCGCCAUUGUUGUGGUCGUGUGGUUUAUUCGCGGUUGCGGAAAGGUUAGACUGUGUUUUGAUGUUACUUGGAAGCAUUGGAGCUUGUAUUCAUGGUGCUGCACCUCCUGUAUUCUUUGUGCUAGUUGGUCAAAUGAUUGAUUCUUUAGGGAGUUUUUCAUCAAAUCAUCGUUUGUUGUCCUCACGUAUUUCACAGUUGUCCAUGUACCUGGUUUAUCUUGGAUUGGUAAUGCUUGUAUCUUCUUGGAUUGGCGUCGCAACCUGGAAGCAAACCGGAGAAAGACAAGCAGCUCGCAUGCGCUUGAAGUAUAUGAGUGCAGUUUUGAAGAAAGAUAUUCAUUAUUUUGAGACAGAAGCCCAGAACAAAAGUUUGAUCUUUCAGAUUUCAAGUGAUACAAUAUUGGUGCAGGAUGCCAUAGGUGACAAGAUCGGACAUUGUGUUCGUUAUCUUUCACAAUCCAUUGUUGGUAUGAUAAUAGGCUUUGUGCUCGUAUGGCAACUUACCCUUGUCACUGUGGCUAUUAUUCCUUUAAUGGUUGUUGCAGGAGCUUAUACUGUAAUUUUGUCCAACUUAUCACAAAAAGCUGAAACUGCUUAUGCUGAAUCAGGGAAGAUUGCUGAAGAGAAUCUUUCACAAAUUCGCACAGUCUACGCAUUUGGAGGAGAAAGCAGGGCAAUUAAGGCAUACACUAAAUCACUUCGAAAAGCCAUUGAAUUGGGAAAGAAGAGUGGAGUUACGAAAGGAAUUGGCAUGGGUUUAACCUUCGCACUGUUGUUGUGCACCUGGGCUUUACUUCUGUGGUACGCUAGCGUACUUGUCAGACAUCAGAAGACUAAUGGAGGCAAAGCUUUUGCCACUAUUUUCAAUGUCAUUUUCAGUGGAUUUGCUCUUGGUCAUGCGGCUCCAAACCUUGCUGCAAUUGCUAAAGGGAAUGCAGCUGCUACAAACAUAGUAAGCAUGAUUGACAAUGAAGCAGAUUCUUCUAAACGAUUGGUUUCUGGUUUAACAUUGCCAAGAAUAGUUGGUGAGAUUGAGUUUCGAGAGGUCUGUUUCUCUUAUCCAUCGAGGCCUAACAACAUGAUCUUUGACUGCCUGAGUUUCUCAGUGACUGCUGGGAAAACAUUUGCUUUUGUUGGCCCAAGUGGUUCAGGGAAAAGCACAAUUAUCUCUUUGGUUCAACGAUUCUAUGAUUUAACUUCAGGUACUAUACUUUUGGAUGGGCAUGUUAUUGAAGAUCUCCAACUAAAAUGGUUGAGAGAGCAAAUGGGGUUAGUUAAUCAAGAACCAGUGUUAUUUGCAACUAGUAUAUUAGAAAACAUUCUAUAUGGGAAAGAAGGUGCAGAUAUGGAACAAGUUAUGGAAGCUGCCAAAGCUGCAAAUGCACAUUCUUUUAUUCAAGAUCUACCUCAUGGUUACCAUACUCAGGUAGGUGAGGGUGGAACACUACUUUCAGGGGGGCAAAAGCAAAGAAUUGCCAUUACAAGGGCUAUCCUGAGAAACCCAAAGAUUUUACUACUAGAUGAAGCAACGAGUGCUCUCGAUUUGGAGUCAGAACAUAUAGUUCAGAAAGCCCUUGAUGGAAUUAUGUCAAACAGGACAACAAUUGUUGUUGCUCAUAGAUUAUCCACUAUUAAAAACGUUGAUCAAAUCAUUGUUCUAAACAACGGUACAGUUGUUGAAACGGGAACGCAUUUAGAGUUGACAACAAAACAAGGAGAGUACGCUAAAUUAAUCAACUUGCAAGUAUCAGAACUUGGCAAUGAGGAUAGAAACUCAACGAGCUUUAAAGAAACUCUAACGCAGGUCCCUCUUUUAACCACUGGAGUUGCUCCCACCAGUAUCAACCACCAGCAACCAGAAGAAAGUCGCUUAACUAGGCCAUCUACACUUACAGAAAAUAAUAUAGUAGUUGGUUCGCCUGCCAAAGAUCCAACUCCAUCCUUUAAGGAACUGGUUAAGCUAAACAAAUCUGAAUGGCUUUAUGCAUUGCUUGGAUCUAUAGGUGCAAUUCUAACUGGAAUACAAGUCCCUUUAUUUGCCCUUGGUAUCACAAAUAUGUUGACGGCAUUCUAUUCUAAUGUUGAGGCCAAAAUCAAGCAUGAUGUUCAAGUAACUGCAUGUCUUUUUCUUGUGGUGGCCGCUAUUACAGUUCCUAUAUAUUUGCUGCAACAUUACUUUUAUACAGUUAUGGGUGAAAGAAUCACUUCUCGCAUCCGCUUAGCAAUGUUUUCAGCUAUGCUUUCCAACGAACCGGGCUGGUUUGACUCGGAAAACAAUAAUGUUGGCACACUUUUGUCAAAGCUAGCUGCCGAUGCAACUCUUGUCCGUACAACUCUCGUAGAGCGUUUAUCAACCGUUGUGCAAAACACAUCACUCGUUGUUGCAGCAUUUGUAAUAGCGUUUAAAUUCAGCUGGCGAAUUGCAGCAGUCACUGUUACCAUAUUUCCUUUGUUAAUUGGAGCUUCAUUAACAGAGAAAUACUUCCUUAAAGGUUUUGGUGGAAACAACACUAUAGCUUAUUCUCGCGCCAAUUCUUUAGCUCGAGAAGCAAUUGCAAAUAUUCGAACUGUUGCAGCUUUUGGAACUGGAGAGAGGAUUUCAGAACAGUUUGCCUUGGAAUUAAGGCAACCAAUGAAGAAAGCACUUGUAUGGGGGCAUAUAUCAGGAUUUGGUUAUGGUUUAUCACAAUUCCUUUCAUUUUGUUCCUAUGCCCUUACCCUCUGGUACGCUUCAGUUCUCAUUAAACAAAGAUCUGACAGUUUUGGAGAUAUCAUCACAUCUUUCAUGGUCUUAAUUGUAACGGCCUUUGCAGUAGCAGAAGCAUCUGUACUCACAUCUGAGAUAAUGAAAGGUUCAGAAGCAUUAAGGUCGGUAUUCACCAUUAUUAGCAGGAAAACCAUCAUAGAUUCUGCAAAGGUUGGUUCGAAGAUAGUAGUAAAAGAUAUAAUCAAAGGAAACAUAGAGUUUAAGGAGGUUAGAUUUGAGUACCCAACUCGUACACAAAUAACCGUUCUUAAUGAUUUAAACUUAAAGAUCCCUUCUGGAAAAUGUGUGGCAGUAGUUGGACAAAGUGGGUGUGGUAAAAGCACAUUGAUUUCACUUGUUAUGAGAUUUUACGAUCCAUCUUCUGGUGUUGUACUACUUGAUCAAGUAGACAUCAGAAGCUUGAAUUUGAGGUUUAUUAGACAAAAAAUAGGCUUGGUUCAGCAAGAACCUGCAUUAUUUUCGACAACAGUUUAUGAUAAUAUACGUUAUGGUAAUGAGAAUGCAACAGAAGUAGAGAUAAUACAAGCUGCAAAAGCUGCUAAUGCGCAUGAAUUCAUUACCAGAAUGCCUGAAGGGUACAACACACAGGUUGGGGGAAAAGGGUGCGAGUUAUCAGGAGGUCAGAAACAAAGGGUGGCCAUAGCUAGAGCGAUCCUAAGAGACCCGUUAAUCCUUCUUCUAGAUGAAGCUACAAGUGCGUUGGAUACCGCGUCAGAGAAGGUUGUUCAAGAAGCACUCGAUAAGGUAAUGCAAGGGAGGACAACGAUUGUGGUGGCGCAUAGGUUGUCGACCAUAUAUAAUGCAGAUAGUAUUGUUGUGAUGAAUCAUGGGAGGGUAGUUGAAAUCGGAAGUCAUGAGGAACUUCUUAGCAUUCCUCAAAGUAUAUAUGCCCAAUUAGUUGGUUUACAAGAAGUUGAUGCCAGAGAAUAAGACUUUUUCCUGUUCGGCUUAUUUUGUCUGAACUUAUAUUAUCCAAACUUAUUUUAUAUGGAAAAAAAUUUGUAAAAUUAACG